UGAAAAUGCUGCAGGAAAAGAGGACAGCUAAACCGGAAGUACUUUCAAUAACGUGGCAAAAUGGAGUGGAUGCACACGUUGGUUUUCUUACUUGCGCUGAUUUUGUGUCAAAUUCCCUCUUCACUGCUGGCUAAGAAAAAAGGGGGAGAUCUUAUUAUAGACGUAGAUGAUGUGAAGGAGUUUAAAAAAUUAUUAAAGACCAGGACCAAUGUCUUGGUUGCAUUUGGAAAAACAGAAAAAGCUUUAUCUAGUAAGAAAAGUUUACUCUCUGAGGUUGCCUUGGAGAUGAAAGGAAAAGCCACUGUGAUCACAGUAGACUGCAGUGAAGCCAAAAAAUUAUGUAAAAAGUUCAAAAUUUCCCCAUCACCAGUGGAGCUAAAACAUUACAAAGAUGGAGAAUUUAAUAAAGACUAUGACAGGAAGGAGGUAGUAAAGUCCAUGGUGAGUUUCUUACAAGAUCCCACAGGAGACCUGCCCUGGGUUGAGGACAGCUCAGCUGAAGAUGUGACACAUUUAGAGAACCCAGGGGCACUAAAUAAACUUUUAUCCAAAGAAAAGAAGCCUAUACUGGUGAUGUUUUAUGCACCUUGGUGUGGGUUCUGUAAAAGAUUAAAGCCAGACUAUGCUGCUGCUGCCACAGAACUAAAGGGACAUUCUGUGUUAGUUGGAAUGGAUGUUGAUAAACCAGAAAUGAUGCCAGUGAGACAAGAGUACAAUAUCACUGGAUUUCCUACCAUUGUUUACUUUGAGAAUGGUAAGAAGAAAUACAAUUAUGGCGGACAAAACAACAAAGAAGGAAUAAUUAGUUGGAUGAAAAACCCAGAGCCACCAAAGGAACCAGAGAAGGAAGCUGAGUGGGCAGAUGAGGAGACAGAAGUGGUGCACUUACAGGAUAGUAACUUUGAUGAAUACGUGAAGGAUCACCCCUCUGUCCUGGUGAUGUUUUAUGCUCCCUGGUGUGGUCACUGCAAGAAGAUGAAACCAGAGUAUGUCCAAGCUGCAGCUCAGCUGAAGGAAGAAGGGGUUGAGGGUAUAUUGGCUGCAGUUGAUGCCACAAAGGAACGAAAAGCUGCAGAGACAUUAAAAGUACAAGGUUUCCCAACAGUCAAAUAUUUCAAAGAUGGAGAAUAUGCCUUUGAUUUUAAUGAAAGAACAGCUGACAAAUUGGUGGAAUUUAUGAAAGAUCCAAAAGAGCCCCCUCCCCCGCCUCCCCCAGAGGCUGAGUGGAGUGAACAAGAGGACAUUCAUGUCAACUUCCUAACUGAAGAAACCUUUAAACCGUUCAUGAAGAAAAAGAAGCAUACGUUGGUGAUGUUUUAUGCGCCUUGGUGUGGCCAUUGUAAAAAAGCCAAACCUCACUACACCAAUGCUGCCGAGAUCUACAAGGAUGAUCCUAAGAUUGCCUAUGCUGCUGUAGACUGUACUAAAUACCAAAGUUUGUGCACAGCCAACGAUGUCAGUGGAUACCCUACAUUUAAGUAUUACAACUAUGGGAAAAACCCACAGCAGUAUCAAGGUGGAAGAGAGGAAGCAGAUUUUGUGAACUUUAUGAAGGACCCUAACAACCCCGAGGGCAGCACCCCUCCCCCUCCCCCUCAACAGACCCCAGAGGAGCAGUGGGCAGAUGUGGCGGGUGCCGAGAACCUGAACCACCUGACCAGUGGGACUUUUGAGGCCUUUGUGAAAGAGAACCCCUCGGUGCUGGUCAUGUUUUAUGCACCUUGGUGUGGUCACUGCAAAGCAAUGAAGCCAGCAUAUGGUGAGGCAGCACAGAAACUCAAGGAACAGAAUAUAAAUGGAGUCCUGGCAGCAGUUGAUGCCACACAGGAGAGAGACCUGACCAACAAGUAUAAGGUCACAGGAUUCCCCACAUUGAAAUACUUCAGAAACGGAGAAGUGGCUUUUGAAUACAACAGAGGCAGAUCAACAAGUGACCUUGUUUCAUUUAUGACAAACCCAGAAGAAAAGAAACCCGAGCCCCCCAAACCAGAGGCACAGUGGAGCGACACUCCCUCCAACAUCAGACAUCUGACCCAGGCUACCUUCACGCCCUCUAUAUCUGACAUGGAGCAGGUGCUCGUCAUGUUUUACGCCCCCUGGUGUGGGCACUGCAAGAGAGCCAAGCCAGAGUUUGAGGAGGCAGCAAACUCACUUCAGGGGUCCACCACACAGUUCCUGGCUGCUGUGGACUGUACUGCCGCUUCUGAACUGUGCUCUAAGGAGGGGGUCACUGGAUACCCAACAUUCCGCUACUAUUCCAGAGGAGAGUUUGUCAAGAAGUACCAAGGGGGUAGAUCCAAACAGGACUUUACUGAUUUCUUAAAUAGUGAGAAAUCCACGGCAUCAGAUGCAAGCAAACAAGAACAACAAAAGCAGGAGCCUCCAAAGAAAGAAGAAAAGAAACCAGAUCCACAGGAAGGUGAUAAAAAACAGGAACCACCUAAAAAAGAAGCUCCAAAGCAAGAGAAAAAACCUAAGAAAGAAGAGCUAUAACAAAAAGCCUGCAGAAACUGUCCGUGUUUUCAGCUCAGUUUAUUAUAGCUAAAGUUACUGCUUUGCCUAUCAAGUCAGGCAAAUACAAAUGCAACAUUCUAUUCAUAGUGAAGAAACUCUAUUAGAUCAGUUCUUCUGGCUCAGUGGCUUAGUUAACUGCCUUACUGCACCACAAAGCAUGUGGAAACAAUAAAUGUAACACUCUAGUCAAUUACUUCAUAAGUUUUAUUUUUGGUAAAUUGGUUCUGCAAGUAUCCUUUUUUUUUUAGGGGGGGGGGGCGUUGGUUGUGUAGUAUGUUUUCUGCUUUGCAACCAAGAAGGUAAUAUUAGCGCAGCAGAUGAAAUUCAUAUUGGCAUAAGAAAGGCGUUCUACAUGUGCUUUCAUUAAAACACUGAUUGAUUGCCUGGCUCUUCCUAAAUCAAUCUACAGUAUUAAGUCAAUUGCAAAGUGUAUCUGAUCAGGAAGAGAUUUUGAAUUUCAAUAACAAAUAAUAUGGCUACCUUCUUUCAAUUACGUUUAAUGAGCUUAUAAGUACUACCAUAAUAGCUUGAACAGGAUUAGUUUUCAGGAGACAUGCAACCUGAGACAUAAAGUCAUUGGAGCAUCGUACUUGUAGGUUAAUGCUUUUCCAUCAGUUCUUAUCUUGCUUGGUUAGACUAAUUACUACAGUAUUAAUAGUGAGAUUAAAUGUUUAGAUACAUACUUAAAUUAGAGACGUACAGUGAAGUUAUUUUCAUGUAACAAGAAUGUAAGAAACUGUUAUAGCUAACUGAUUCUUAAGCGUGUUUGCUGGUUAAAAAUAUUGAUCGUAUUCCAAUUGUACAUAUAAAAAGGUAUUUUGCUGUAACUGCAUAGUUACCAAUUGAACAACCAAAGAGGAUGUGUGGUAGCGGAAAAAAGGUGAUAACGUUGCAGUCAUGUAGCACUACCGGCCUCUAACGUUGUACAACACGUGUACGGCAAAUGAUUUUAUAGUUGCCGUUCUCCUGUUCAAAUUACCAUAUAUGGGAAAUUACCAUAUAUAUGGCGGAAGUAACACUCUAAACAAUUACAGAGAAAGGGGGGCAUGGGGCUAUAGAAAACCGCUGAAUUUGGUUGUUCAUAUUACAUAAGAUUUGAAAAAUAUGAACCCAUGAAACUUGACAUACAAGAAGGAAAUCUUGCCGAGUUGUGCUAGUGAAAGUUGGCGAUUAUGUUGAUUCAGUGCUGUAAGGUGUGAGCAGCCGAGAAGGUUACAUAAAUAUUAUCAGUGUAGAAAUGAAGCAGUUUGUCUUACUCUACAUUCCAUUUUCGAAUGUUAUAUUUGACUGUAUUUCAGUUCAUUGGCUAUAAUUGUACCAUAUUAUGUUAAAAGAGCGAAAAAAAGUAUUAAGCAAUCAGAUUGGAAACUUGCAGCAGCACUAACUCUGGGAAGAAAUGGCAUUAUUUGCAAAUAAAGGUAAUAGUUUAUAUAAUUUAGCUCAUAAUGAAAAGCCAGUCUUAUUUAAAAUAAAUUGAGCCAAAGUUCUUAUUUAGAAAAUGCCGUGGGCAUUUUACGAGCAACAGCAAAACCAACUUACUAAGUAAGCAAUAGCCAGUUUCAUACGUCAUUUAGUUUGUACUGGGAAGUCUUAUGUACUUAUUACGGUUCGCCCAUGACUGUUAAAGGUCCGCAAAAUUUUUUGAUCGCUUAAGCUGCUGUUUAGGGCUUGCAAUGCGCGUCAGACGUUUAUAUAUAUGUAUAAACACUUGUGUCGAAAUUUCUAGGAAAAUGAAACAUUUGGCUGUAUGAAGGUCCAACUUCAAUUGUGUACCUUUAAGUAGGACCGUAGCUGAGAUGUGACGGGGGUCUCAAUCCUGUAGGACAAAAUGCUGCAGUCAAGGUAGUUAUGUAAAAUGACAGUCAAUUUAUACUUUGGUUAUUUACAUUUGCGUAUUACACAGCUGAUGAGGAAGGUUGCAAUAAGAUCACUUUUUGCAGAUUUUAACUUAAGAAUAGGUCACCAUUUUAUGUCUAUUCCGGAUCAUGUUAUACUAUGCAAUCAGAUGUAUAAUUAUACAAAAUAGAAUUCGAUUUUAAGUUGAUGCUUUAUAUAUGGAUGCUAUUCCUUCUUAGGACGAUGAUUUACCAUUUACAUAUUGAUAGUUAUUAUUUACCUACGGUUUCGUGGGGUUAGACAACAUACAUUCUGAGAUCUCUGAAUAAUAAAAAUACACAUGUAGAAUGAA